AUGAAGAGAGUUAUCGUGGCAGUGCUCAUAAUCGGGGCCACGGUAGAAGCCGCCCUCUACAAGUCAAAAGCACCACCGAUGGGGUGGAACAGCUACAAUUACUAUGGCUGCAAUCCAACCGAACAGAUCAUGAAAACCAACGCCCAGGGGCUUGUAGACUUGGGUCUGGCUGAUUUAGGUUAUACGUAUGUCACGACGGAUUGUGGAUGGAUGGCAAGAGAUAGAGAUUCUGAAAGUCGUUUGCAAUGGAACACAACCCUCUUCCCAUCUGGGGGCAAAGCUCUAGGAGAAUAUAUCCAUAGCUUAGGCUUGAAAUUCGGGCUCUAUUCCGGCGCAGGUUACUAUCAAUGUGGUUCAACGGAUCUACCAGCAUCUCUUGGAUUUGAAGAGAUAGAUGCGGAAUCAUUUUCUGAAUGGGAAGGGGACUCCUUGAAAUAUGAUAACUGCUAUUCCUCAUCCAAAACCCAGAUGGCCGACUAUGUCUCGCCAGCAUCCACUUCACCAGAGCGUCAUGAGAAGAUGGCUUUUGUUUUGAAUGGUGUAGAUCGAGAUAUCGCCUAUUUCAUAUGCCAAUGGGGUAUUGGCGAGGAUCUAGGCGACUGGGCACCACCAAUCGGUAACGUCUACAGGAUUAGCAACGACAUAUAUAACUCUUGGAGGAGCAUAUGGCGGAUCACAAAUCAAGCCGUGCCAUUCCACAAGACUACUACCGUUGGUGCGUAUCCCGACUUGGAUAUGUUAAUCAUCGGACUUAACGCCCUAUCACUCCAAGAAGAGAAAUUUCACUUUAGCAUGUGGGCAAUCAACAAAUCACCCCUUAACAUUGGAGCACCAAUCGACGCGAAACUCACACCAGCGGCCUCCCUCGACGUCCUUCGAAACGAGGAAGUUAUAGCAGUUAACCAAGAUCCCCUAGGCAAGCAAGCACGCCUCAUCAGACGGUACACCGAAGAAGAAUGGGAUCUCUGGGCCGGAGAGCUCUCCGGAUCAAGAAAAGUAGUCGGUAUCGCGAACUGGAAAAACGACUCUCAGACAGUGGAAUUUGACCUUUCUGGCGUAAACAUUUCGGAGGCAUCCGCUCGCGAUGUCUGGGCAGCGGAAGAUAUCGGUACGAUCUCAGGGGUCCAGAAGGUUGAACUCGCGGGCCAUGAGAUGAAACUAUUGGUCCUGAGUAAUAUUCUUAAGUCGACGUCUGCGCCGACUUCGACGGGGGUCUAUUACGCGGCUGCGAAUGCUACAUUGUCAGGAGGCUCUGCGGUGACUACUUGCAAUAACUCCGAGUGCGCGCCCGCGGGUAGUAAAGUUAGUAUCGCUAGCAAAAGCGCAAAAGCGUCUUUUGAUUCCGUGAUUGUGAAAUCUGAGGGGACGAAGCUAGUUGGUGUCGAUUUCAUUAAUCACGAUAUCGCGCUUGACAGCGCUUGGGACUGGGGGUCAAAUACGCGGAACAUGACCAUCGCAGUGAAUGGUGGGACGCCAAAGAGGUGGGCGUUUCCCAUUUCGGGAGGUGACUGGUAUGAGUCUGAUAGGCUGCUCAUUGAGCUUGAUAGAUUCGUCGCAGGUUCAAAUCAGCUCGUCUUCGCUACGAGCGGGGACUCAUAUGCGCCAGAUCUUGUCGGUUUCGAGAUAUUCGAGUAA